AUGUAUUUUUGAUGGGUUGAAGAGAGGUUUACUUAAGGAUUGGCUAGAAUGCCGUGCAUUUGCAAUGACUGGGCAGGAAGAAGAGAAUUUGAGCAUUUUUUGCAACGUGAAUUGAGCAGGAGGAGGGAGGGACUGACAUUGCCUUUUGGGUGGUCAUGCAGUAAGAAAAGUUGUUCUGCUUCAUCUGUGUCUGUAGCUCAGAAGGAAAGAUUUAUGCUUGGGAUCGCAGCCUCCGUGAUGUAAAAAGUGAAAAACAGUGCAGACGAGUUGUGUUGAUGCACAAGGCGUCCUUUUUGCAUAGGCACAGCCACAUGCAGCUGGCACUGUGAGGUGGUUAUAUUAGUUAGCAUCACCGAGAAAAGCCCAAACAUGGAACUUUUUUGCUUGGAAAAGGACGCGGUCACGCGAGCUCAGAGAGAUCCCAACAUCUUGUGCGAUGAAAGAGUAUUGCAAAGUCUUUUAACAGUGGAGGACAGAUAUGUUCCGCAGGGACCCUAUUUUAAAUGUGUACAGAAGGAUAUUCAGCCUUUUAUGAGGCGGAUGGUCGCGACGUGGAUGUUGGAGGUUUGUGAAGAGGAGAAAUGUGAAGAGGAUGUCUUUCCCUUGGCUAUGAACUACCUGGACAGAUUUUUAGCUGCAGUUCCUACGAGAAAAUGUUAUCUACAGCUCUUAGGGGCUGUGUGUCUUUUCCUGGCUUCAAAAUUAAAAGCUUGCCAACCGCUGUCGGCCAGGAAGCUCUGCAUGUACACAGACAACUCCAUUACAUCUCAACAACUGCUGGAGUGGGAGUUGGUGGUUCUUAGUAAAUUGAAAUGGAACCUGGCUGCCAUCACCCCACUUGACUUUAUCGAACACAUUCUGCACAAAUUGCCCUACCCUGAAGACAGACUGACGCUGAUCCGCAAACACGCGCAAACCUUCAUCGCCCUCUGUGCAACAGAUCACAGCUUCACCAUGUACCCUCCCUCCAUGAUCGCCACAGGAUGUGUGGGGGCAGCAGUAUGUGGCCUUCAGCCUGACCAGAGCGACCAAAAUCUGUGGGGGGACAGUCUGACGGAGCUGCUGGCUAAAAUCACCCACACUGAGGUGGACUGUCUGAAGUCCUGUCAAGAGCAGAUCGAGCAGCUACUGACCAACAGCCUGAAAGAAAGUCAACAACAGCAUCAGCAGCAGCAGGAGGGCAGAGCCAGCAGCAAAGGGUUGCAAUCGCAAAACAUGUCCUGCACCCCUACAGAUGUCCGUGACGUCAACUUAUGAUGCCGGUUUCUACCAAAGAUUCAAUUAUUACUGUUACUGUAUUUAAGAUUAAUUUCAAAGCCACAUGGUGAUAUGCGCGUAACACAAGCUUGAUAUUUUAUAACGGAGGGAAACAGCUGCUGCUGCUGUCUCAUGUCUGCAGGCGGUGGCAAUUUAAAACAUACUUGAAUUAAACUGAAUUGGCCUCAAACCAUGAUUCAAUAAUGCAGUACGUUGCAUAUUGCUCAACAAAGAGCAUACAUCUGUCUUGGCUAUCAUAUGCAACUGUGUUAUAAUUAUUAUUAUAAUUUAUGUGGUUAUUUAAUAAUUAUAAUAAUAAUACCUGUUAUUGUUCAAAAUAUUAUUUUUAUCUUACAAAAUGUAUUUGCUUAGUAAUUGUCUUUUUUUUUUUUUUUUUUAAAUAUAACAUAGGAUGCAUGCGAUCCCACGAUAAUGCUAUUCUACAGAAUUGAUAGUAACAUCCGUCACUCCUUUCAGUGGGAUCUGUUUGCUUAUCGUAGAGAUAGAAAUACAAUGAUCUGAUGAGUUACUUCCGGGUAUAAGUAACUUUUAUUAUAGGGAUUAUUUACGGUGAAUGUUAUUGCAUGAAAUAAGCAUAUAAGAAUAUGUUAAACGGUUUCUAUCCAUGCAUAAUGGCCAUCACAGCUCGCACGACAAUUUCAGAUGGACACUAAGCAUGUAGCAAAAGUGGAGUAAAGGUGAGGUAGGGAAGGAAGGAAAGAGGUGAAUGGAAGAAUGCGGAUGGAAAGUUUUUGCACGUGAAAUAUGAGUGGUUCCGGAAUGCUCUGUAAUGAUUAAGCAUGAUGCUUUUUGCUCGUUUGAUCUGUUUAAACGCCAUCACUUUUUGGGUCAAUGACACUUGCUAUGCUGGAGGGAUUUAAUCAUUUGGGAGUCUGAAAAUCCUCCUCAGCAAAGACACGAUACAAAUGCACUUUCAGAUAUCACCUCUCACUGGUUAUCCAUGGUAUACAAGAGGAGGGCGAAUCGUUUCUAAAGGGUUUUAUUUUUUUGCAUAGUUUUUCUUAAGUUAUUUUUGUUUUGGGGCUGGUUUCCCAUAUUAGGUGUGCUUUGCGGGUAAUAGUUUUAAAUUUAGACCAAUAAAUUUAGACCAGUAACUGAUCCAACAGUCAACUGCCAAUAGAAAUGGCGAGGUUUGACAUGUCAAGAUUGGUUGCGUUUUACUUUAGUUGUGUGGAAUUCAUGUCAAUAUAGAUAGGACAUCAUCAAAUUUCAUUAAAUCACUAUUUUAUUUUCUCAAAAUAUCAGUCAUCUACUUGAACGUUUCUCAUAUAUAGGAAAAAGAUAUUUUGAAAAAUUAUGCAGUUUUCUUUUCUAUUUCUUCCUCGGUCUGUUCUUGCACUUUUGGUUUCUCCAGUCAGUGGACCUAAAAGCAACUCAAGAGGUGUGAGGUGUUUGAAAAGUUUACUUCAAAUAUGUUAUGUGUUGAGCUGCCACGGACGUGCCAUUCCAACACAACUAUGCAAAUGAGCUCCGUGUUAUUCUUUUUUUUUUUUUUUUUCAAACAAUGUUCAUUUUCAUCGUUCACUUAUUUGAACACAUUUAAGUUUGUGUGCUAUUAUAUCCUUACGUUCAUUUUGUGUUCUUCCCAUUCUUUUAUUUUUGUGUAAGUGUUUGAACUUGUGUUCCAGUGCUGCUAAAAGAAAAGGAAAAAAGAAAAAAGAGCUGAUGCAUAGGCUUGAUCUUAAAUCCGGUUUCCAUGUUGCUGCUAUAUCACAAUUAUUGAACGUGUUUUCAUUUCUGUUUUCUCUUUGCAUUUACACUGUCAAUCAUUUUCACGCAUGAAGUGCCUUGGCGUUAACUUGCAGAUAUUUGCAUGAACAGUUUUGCUUCAUUUGUGUUUAAUGUCAUCUAACUUAACUCUUGCCUGAGUUCUUUUUCUAGCUGUUUUUCUUUGUGUUAUGAAACUCCUUCAUCGUUUUUAAAUGAUGUUCCUGCCCACAGUCACAGUACCUCACAGUAGCCUACUUAAGUCAGAAGUUUAUAGAGGAGUAGUUGGAUUAAAAAGAGAUGUUGAAGUUCCUCAACUAGUUAGUUACCCUACAGGUAAAUCCUCCAGGUUUGUUCUUUUAGUAACUUCUCAGAUACACACUCACCAUACAGCUAUAAAUGUAUUGUCUUACCAGGCGGUGGAUGUAAGACCGGGGCAACGUUUAGAUACAAAAUAUUGUUUUUAAUUUUGUUUGAAUUCACUUGAAAGAGCCACUCUUUGUUUCACCAACACACCUAAAAAUAUCCAAAGACAUUGCAUUUCAGCAAUACCCUCAUUUUUAUUUUUGCCCUAGGACACUUACCUCAUUUGGACCAAUCGGACAUUCAAUUAAAUAAAUCUCAAUUUGAAAAGUAAAA